AGGAUUUAAUUUGAAAAAUUUACAGAUUCUUUGGAUUCCGUGAUAAUUAUUUAUGAAAUAGUAAUGCCAUUAACACGGACGUAUAUCGUAAUUUCGACACAUUGUGCAAUGUGUACAAAUUAAGCUAUUAAUCCGUCAGACUUACCGUGUCAUAUGUCAUUGUAUUUUCUUAUCUUUAUAGUUCACAAAAUCAACAAGACAUAGACACGUUUAAGAUAAAUAAAGAUACAGUUAUAAGAGGGACGUUGAUAUUGUGACGGAGGCUUCCUUCAAAAAUGUGGUGCUAACCACAAGUCAUAGAAGCACAUAAUUAUUGCUUUUAAUUCAAUUUAAUUAAAUAAACCAUAACAAAAGUUUAUCAAUAGUGCAGUGUCAAAAAAAAGAAAGUUUCGGAUUAAUUACUGAUACAAUGAAAAAUAAUGAAAAUUAUUUACAUGUUACACAAAUAAACUUGAAUAUUACCACCUACGUUUCGAACGUGGCAUUGGACUCUUAACACACGAAAAUAUCAACAAAAUUAAAGAGCUCAACGCGCCACAAUGGCCGCUAAAGAUACCAAGGAGGGUACCAUAUACAAACAAUGGAUUAUAGGUGCUGUUGCAACAACACCGUUCCUAACGUACGGCUUGCAAAACGGCUGGAUCUCUCCUGUGAUCGGUCUACUCCAGUCCGAUCUCAGUCCGUCCGGGCGUCGGCUCACUACCAACGAGAUCUCACUGGUGGCCAGCGGGAUCAGCAUGGCAGCCAUCUCCACGGCCGCCGUGUUCGGAUACCUCGCCGAUAGUAUCGGACGGCGGGCCACUUUGAUGUGCCUUGUGACACCUCAGAUUUUUUGUUUCGCCUUGAAGCUGAUAUCAGCGCACCCCGUGUGCCUGAUCGUGGCCCAGCUCUGCGGGGGAAUCGCGGCGGGGGGCUCGUUCUGCGUUGCGCCCACCUACGUCAAGGAGAUGGCGCAGGACUCCAUCAGGGGCUAUCUGGCGUCCUCGGGGAUCCUGCUGCAGAGCAUCGGCAUGCUGAUAAUGUACGCGAUGGCACCAUACCUGGGCUACUACACGCUGCUCUGGAUCGUGGUGUGGCUGCCGGUGUUGAACCUGAUCGGCAUGUUCUGGAUACCAGAGUCACCGGCGUUCUUGGUCAAGAGGGGGAGGGUUGAGGAAGCCAUCAAAGUGAUGUCCUGGCUGCGAGAAGUAGAUGGAAACCACAAGAUGCUGGAACGGGACAUUUCCAUAUUGAAAACAGAAAUGAUGACGAAUGAGAACUUGCCGGCAGAAUCCUGGAAGUCGAUCCUGUCAGACAAGUCGUCACGGAGAGCCCUCUGCAUAUCCUUCCUGGUGAUAACGCUGCUGGCCGUGGGCGGCGACUACGGCAUCAUGGCGUACGCGUCGGUGAUCCUCCAGCAUUCCGGCGUGACUUUCGCGCCGGAGGUGCAGGCGCUGUCCUUCCCCGCGCUCCUGACCUUAGGGUCCCUGCUGUCGGCUGUUACUAUUGAGAAGCUCGGGAGGAAGCCCCUCAUAAUGCUAGGCGCAGUGUUUACUGGUGUACCACUCGCCAUAAUGGGCACAGUGCUGGUGGUCCUGCAGAGCGGCGGGCACGUGCCCCCGUGGCUCCCCGUCGUCAGCAUCGGCGUGUGUCUGUUCGCCAGCGGCCAGAUGAUGUCGCUGCCCUUCAUCGUCGUCUCCGAGAUCUUUAGCGUGCAAAUGAGAUCGAAAGUUCUCGGCUUAAUCUCGACAUACGGAUGGUCGCUGGCCGGCUCGCAGACUCUCCUGUUCGCAAUAAUAACAGAACACUUGGGCAUGCAAACUAUAUUCUUCGCAUUUGCCGCUAUCAAUCUAUUGGGCACCAUCGUGUGCGCUAUCAUCAUGCCAGAAACGAAAGGGAAGACACUUGAGCAGAUCAACAAGGAAUUAAUAACCAGAAGAAUAUGCUAGAACUUAGAAAAAUAGUGUCCGGCCGACACCGGAGUUUUGGCCGAAACCGAAGGUUCAGUUUUGCUCUAGUUUCGGCUGAAACCGAACCGUCGGCUGAUACAUGAUUUUUAUGGUUAAACCUGCAAGAACAGAAACUUUCGACUUGAAACUCCAGAAAAUAGGUACAGAAAACACCGAAAAUACAUAUCGCUCAAAUAGGCAAGAGCGGUAGGGAAGCAGAUAAUUAAAUUUAGAUUAUCGUUUUCCGCGGUAGUGUCGGCAUGGCCGAAAAGUUAAGGCAGUUUUUGGCCGAAACCAAACCUUCAUUCGAAAACAUGAUUUUUAUGUCGAAACCUGCCGAAACUGAAACUUCGGUCGGACACUAGAAAUAAAUACAUACAUACGUAUAAUCACGCCUGUUUCCCGGAGGGGAAGGCAGAGACCACGGAUUUCCACUUGCUACGAUCCUGACAUACAUACAAAAAAGACUUAUAUAUUCUUCACAUUCGCCGUGGAAACCUGGCAGGAACCCACUGUCUGAGCUUUCAUUAUGCCACAAACUAAUGGAAAGAUACUUGAGCAGAUAAAUAAAUAAUUUGAGGGCAGAACAAUGUGAAAGAAAAUAAAUUAAGGGUAAAGAUGUCACACUUUUAAAUAAAUAAUAAUAAUUAAUAACUUUAGUUAUUUACUUUAAA